AUGUCGGAGGCCGCAGCCCAGUCUAGCGUUGCGCGCAUUUUGAUCUACUCGGCCACACGCGACUUUCGACACGACUCCAUUCCUACUGCGGUCGACGCACUCGUUGCCCAUGGUCCUGCGGCGAACAUUACUUUCGACCAUACUGAGGACCAAACGUGGUUCACGGACGACAGACUGCAGCAAUACGAUGCACUCGUGUUCUUGAGUAACACUGGAGAAGUUUUGGACGACGCUGGCAAGGCUGCAUUUCAGAAAUACUUAGACCUCGGCGGGAACUUCAUCGGGAUUCACUCUGCGUCUGAUUGUCUACGCAACACCACGUUCUUUCAAAAGGAGCUAGGCGCUGCCUUCGACUACCACCCCGAACUACAGAACGCGACUGUGGAUGUCGUCGGGCCUUCGCACCCAAGCACAAGCAUGCUUCCGACAGCAUGGGCGGUGCAGGAUGAGAUGUACAACUUCAAGUCAGACCCGCGCAGCGUGGGUGCUGUGGUCAUCCUGUCAGCGGACGAGUCAAGUUACACAGACCCCGGCCCCAGGAAUUUUGACCAGGGCACACCUCAUCCUACUGCGUGGUUCCAGGAACACGGUGCAGGUGUCGAGAGCAAUGGCACUGGUGGCCGUAGUUUCUACACGAGCCUCGGACAUUUAAACGAGACUUGGCACGACGACCUCUUCAUGGCCCACGUAAUGGGAGGCAUUCAGUGGGCACUACAGGCUAACACUACCCGCGCGUUCAACUCAAGUGCAUCGGUUGGAAAUGCGACCUCUACGACCACUUCAAGCUCGUCUUCUGUGGGGUCAUCGGGUACAGGGUCUGCAAACGCUCCAGAGUAG